CUCUCCCCGUCUGCCUCGCCCUCCACACCAGGCCACGCCACACACAGGAUAGCGAGCGGGAGCGACGGCGGCGGCGGAGGAGCUAGGGUUUUGAUCCGGCCUCGCCGGCUAGGCUGCGCCGCCCCGACGCCGAAGCCAUGGACAGGGAGCUUCUAGAGACGUUUGACGCGGCCAAGAAGGCGGCCGACGAGGCGGCAGGGGACGGCAACUCGCCGGAGGCUGGCCGCUGCCUCGACGCGCUGCGGCGGCUGCGCGACAUUCGCGUCAACACCGACAUCCUCGUCUCGACGCAGGUUGGCAAACGCCUUCGACCCCUUACUAAGCAUCCUCACUCAGGCAUUCAAGCAGUUGCUGCAGACCUUUUUGGGUACUGGAAAAAGGUUGUCCUUGAAGAGUCAGGAAAGAAAAAUGGCGGCUCAGAGAAUGAAAGAUCAAGUGACUCUUCAGGAAAGGUUGAGAAGGUGAGGCCCGUGAAGAUUGAAAAGAACUCUGCAUCAGCAAGCAUGAAGCUUGAGAAAAGAGAUGUGGAUGUUAGGGGUCAGAAGCCUAACAAUGUCAAAGUUGAGAAGACUACUAGUAAUGGUUCCAAAGCUCAAUCUGUGAAGGUGGAAAGGGUAUCCAAAGAAGUCAUAAGGACUCCUGACUCGAAGAGGCCAGCAUCCGUCCCCAAUGGCCACCCAAAGCUUACAUCUCUUGUCAAAUGCAAUGAUCCUACCCGAGAUAAAAUCCGGGAACUACUUGCUGAAGCCUUUGUAAGUGUUUCCAGAGAGACUAGUGAUGAUGACAGAGACGAAGUGAAAAACAUCUUGGAUGAAGUCGAGGCAUGCGACCCAUACAGGGUUGCCGUGACAGUAGAGUCUGCACUAUUCGAGAGGCUUGGACCUUCCACUGGGACUCACAGGGCGAAAUACAGGUCAAUCAUGUUCAACCUGAGGGCUGAAAACAAUACCGAUUUCCGGAGGAGGGUCCUCAUCGGUCUAGUGGCGCCGGAGAGGCUUCCAGACAUACCCCCUGAUGAGAUGGCUAGCGACGCAAGGAAGCAAGAGAACAUGCAGAUCAAGGAGAAGGCUCUGUUCGACUGCGAGCGUGGAGCGGCACCAAAGGCGACGACGGACCAGUUCAAGUGUGCCAGAUGUGGGCAGCGGAAGACGACUUACUACCAGCUGCAGACUCGGAGUGCUGAUGAACCGAUGACGACGUUCGUCACAUGCGUGAACUGCAACAAUCACUGGAAGUUCUGCUGAGUGUUCAGCCUUGCUAAAGUGUUUACUUAGUUGUGCUGAGCACACUAUCCUGCUGUGAUGUGUGUGCUCUGUUAGUUGUGACUGGAAGUUCGACAGGGCAGGCUGAACAACUCAACUUUUUUCCCCUUUUUUACCCCCCGUAAACUAGGAGCAGUUAUCCUCUUCCUCUGUCAGGCAGCCUCCUGAUUCAUUCAGAUUGUACUAGUCGAACGCGUGAAUGUUGUUGACUUGAUCGCAUCGUCACCAGAUGUGAAUGUUCUUGGGUGGAGUUAGAAUAGAAUGGUGCCAAGUCAGACGAUGCUGAUGGAUUAGUGG